AUGGCGGCGCUCGGCGGCAUGCUUGCGGCUGCCAUCCUCAAGGUGGUGGGUGACCAGGUUGGUUCUCUGAUCGGAGGUCAGAUCGCGCUGCAGAUGAAUUUGGACAAGGACCUCAAGAAGAUGAAGAUGGCGCUGGAGUCUGUCAAGGCAGUGCUCAAGGUCGCGGAGAGGCAGUCGAUCACCGACGAACUGACGGGUCUUUGGCUGAAGCGGCUCAAGGACUUCUUGUAUGAGGUCUCUGACAUGAUUGAUGAGUUCGAAGCAGACACACAAGCCAUCACCCAGCCAUCUGCGCGCAAGUUCUCCUUCAAAAAAUAUUUGGCGAAUAUGAUCCCUUGUCUCUCAAUUGGCCCCAACAUUACAAUGGCUAAUAGGAUGAAGAAGAUGAGGGACGACCUGAAGGUCAUAACAGAUCAACACAAGGAAUUCAAGUUCGCAGAAGGCACUCAUGCCAAUGAGCCAAAGGUUACGGAUAUACGGGAAACAUCGUCAACCUUGGAGACACAAAUCAUUGGGAGGACUGAGGAGAGAGAUAUAAUAUUGGCUUCUUUAUCUGAGAGCCUAGCAAAAGAUAUCACAAUCCUUCCUAUAUAUGGUAUUGGAGGUCUUGGAAAGACAACCCUGGCAAAAAUGGUUUACAAUAGUCCUCAAUUCAGUGGAUACUCUCAAGUGUGGGUAUACGUGUCCCAGACAUUUGAUUUGAUCAAAAUUGGAAAUUCUAUAAUAUCACAACUAUCAGAGAAAGAGAAUGAGAGUGGGUACACUGGAAAGCAGAUGGUCCAUAAUUCCCUUAAAAAGCUCCUUGCCCAUAAGAAGAUUCUGAUUGUUUUAGAUGAUCUAUGA